UAUCGUACCGUUCUCGGUUGGCUUCAAGGACAGGGUGUAACAGUUACCAGGAAGCAGGUUCGGAUACUCCUCCAAGAGCUUGAUCCCGGUGCUCACCGGCUACGUCGGGCGGUAGUUCGUCAGCGAAGGGUUUACAAGGUUCCCUUCCCCAACUCGCUAUGGCAUAUCGACGGCCAACAUAAACUCAUUCGCUGGAAAUUUGUGAUACACGGUGGAAUCGAUGGCUACAGCCGA